AUGGCAGGAGGGGCCCUAAUAAACGCAUUGGCCUUUAGUGGUACCAACUUCUCGUUUUCUAAGCUCUUGGGACACGGCGGGGAAGAACGGAGAAGGCAUGACGAAUGGGUACUCACCUUCAUUGUUGGAUCAUUGAGCAUUCUGGGGCAACUGUUGUGGCUACGACAAAUCAAAGGCCCGAAACGUAUCGAUUAUCCCCAUUUCACCAUUACAACACCCAACGACAUGCAUCAAUUCGAUAUAUUGUACAUGCCCCACGACAGGGUAUAUGGAAAUACGUACAAGUACAUAUUGACAAGGGUCGACGUGGCUUCGAGGUACAACGUAGCGAGGCCAUUACGUACCAAAAAGGUCGGUAAAGUCGCGGACAUGAUCAAGGACAUUUACAAGGCUGGACCUCUUAGAUACCCCAAGAUUUUUCAAUGUGAUAAUGGUAGUGAGUUCAAAUCAGAUGUAACAAAAUUGUUGGAGGAUAAGGGGGUGGAUAUUAAAAUGGCUACUACUAAAUAUCAUCAUACGUUCACGGCCUUUGUCGAAUCAUACAAUAAGGUACUCGCUGAAAGGCUCCUCAAGCCUCAGGAUGCGCAAGAGUUGGUCUCUGAGGAGACUAGUAGUAUAUGGGUUAAGAAUUUGUAUACCAUCGUGAAAAGUCUCAACAAUACGAAGACUGCUAUGAUUAGCAUGAAGCCUAACAAGGUGAUUAAACUGGAUUAG